AUGUCUCGUUCCCUCGCAUCCAGCAGUCGCAGCUCCUCCGCUUCCUCCUUGGCAGCGCUCGAGACGCCCGACUACCGAACACACAGCAGCUCGUACCUCUCUUCCUCAGCCACCUCGGUUCUCGACGAACCACUGGACUCUGCUGCGGACCUAGCACCCAAAGUUUCGACCGCGCUGUCAGGCUGUCUAACAUCCGCGCUCGAUGACAUGAUCCGCACAGAAGGAGGCGGUAGUUGGCCACCAAAACCAACAUACCGCGACUCGUGGCCGGUGUGUCUUCAUGCAUACGACGAUAUCGCAAAGCAGGCACCACCACGCUUUGUCUCGCCACAGCUUCGUCCCAACUAUACGAACGCCGAGCUCAGACAAAGGAUCGACGACAAUCGCCUCUGGCUUGAACGAUCCUUGGCUUCGAUCGACGUGCAACAAGUUAAGGCCACUCUACCAGCACUCGGGGUCAAUGCAAGACUCGGCUUCUUGGCAUGUACAGCCUACCUCAUCCACCUUUACCGAUGGGGAACCCUUCCCGUGGUCGCUAUGGCGCAAGACGAAAAGUCCGUAGCUUUCCCAGAAUCCAUCCAGGCCCCGUUCCGAUGGCUCAACGACUUUUACGGGAUCGAGUCUAGCGGUGGAUGCCUGUUCUCCAUGACGCUGGUCAACGUGAUUCCACAUGGCAGUGAUCUCGAACUGGCGUACUCCAACAUGCGACACAUGCCUCAGCAGUCGGUAAUCAAUGCAGAGCGAUAUAACGCCUUUGUGUUUUACGAAAUGGAGCGCAUUUCGCUGGAGCUCUACCGUUGCAUCGCUCAAUGCCAGACGUUGUUGUUGCAAGGUCAAGAGCAGCAGGCAGCCGACACGCUCAAGCAGGGCCACAUCGCUUUGAAGGCCGCAUUCCGUCACUUUUUCGAUACGCUCAAGGAAGAAAAGAUCCAGAAGGAUGUAUGGAUGUCGCAUGCUCAGGGAUUCCACGGCUGGGGUGUGGAUGAUUUUGACGGUGUGUCGGGCGAUCACUCGCUUCUGAUCAGGACAUUGGAUGCGUUCCUCGACGUGCCUCUGCGCACACAGCCCGGCUGUCCCUUUGCGACUGCACAGGUACCUGUCAAGUCGUGGGAUGCCGUCUGCCCCGUCAGUGGUGCGAGCGCGGUAAGCAACGCAUCAGCGGCUCCUGGAGUGCUCAGCCGACUGUACAACUGGAUGUGGCCGGCGACAUCGCCACAACCGACCAAGCUAGCCACUGUACCGUGCGUAGGACAGAAGGAGAUGAAGGAGAUCCGGUUCAGCGAGGUGCCUUACUCGAACGAUUACCUGCCUCGUGGUCAGGUCAACUGGAUCCGAGCUGUGCGCGAAGCUCGACUGCGCGCGCUUGCCUCUACGUCGGCUGACUCGCCGGUGACGCAAGAGAUGAAGGAGAUGCUCAAGACUUUCAAGCUGUGGAGGAUGGGACACACGCGCAAGGCGGUAUACUAUGAGGAUCUGCACCUGCCCGAACGCAAGCCGAUGACGGCGUCGGGAGGUGUUGGAGGUGGUGUAGCUGGAGAAGAUGAAGGACUGGCACAGAUGAUGGAGAAGCUCGAGGCGAGGUUGAGGGCGCGCAUCGCCGCAACCAAAUGA